GUCGUGCUUCUUUCUUUUACAUUCUGUGACAGAUGUAGUUUGUUUUGCUAUCCUUAACUCACGGAUUUACAACAGCCAAAAUGGUUGCCAAUACCUCUACUGCUACAAUUCGGACUCGCAAGUUCAUGACCAACCGACUGCUAUGCAGAAAACAAAUGGUUGUUGAUGUCAUGCAUCCGGGAAAACCUUCUCCUAAAAAAACUGAUAUUCGUGAAAAAUUAGCUAAGAUGUUCAAAGUUUUACCUGAUGUUGUAUUUGUCUUUGGUUUCCAAACAUGCUUUGGAGGUGGAAAAUCAACAGGUUUUGCUCUUAUCUACGACACAUUAGAUCAUGCAAAGAAGUUUGAACCAAAAUACAGACUGCAAAGGCAUGGACUUUUCGAAAAGAAAAUUCAGACAAGAAAACAGAGGAAGGAAAGGAAGAACAGGAUGAAGAAGGUUCGAGGUACCAAGAAGACUAAAGUUGGUGCCACCUCUGGAAAAAAGUAAAAUGAUCGUUAGAAGUGUAUGAAUGUACUUUGCGGAGCAAUCAAUAUGCUUGUGAAUGUAAAUAAAACACUUCUUUAAUAAAAUUGUUGGACUUAUUCCAUAAUAAGUGACUGAGUCAA